AUGCCAGACCUCAAUUACCAGGAGAACUCCGAGCGCAUCAACGUCGACCGCGCUUCAUUCGCUUCUUUGCCAGGAGAGCUUCGUAACCUCGCAUACGCGACUACGUUGAAGUGGUCACAACCCAUAUCAGUCACAUUCGAUGCGGCUACGCAGCGAUUCCAUACUCCAGGAGUCAAGCGCGUGGAUGGCCGUACACCAUUACAAAUCCUCUCACUUCUGAGCGAUCUUGAUCACAACAUCCGCGUGGAGGCUCGCUCUUACUUCUUCGCAAACAACACCUUUGAGCUCAUGACCACUCAGUCACGCACCACCGAUCCGGACUACAUCAAGAUCUACAUACACUUCCUCGAAGAUAUUGGUGAUGUUGGCCGACGUAGUCUACGAUGGCUGCGCUUGACUGUCAAUGGAGACAGCAAACAACAUCGGCCAACAUCCGACAAGGCCAUCAAGCUCUGGGAACUCGUCGGCGACUGCACGAACCUCCUCACUCUCGACAUCUACGCGGAGAUUGACUACUUCUACAUGGACCAGCAGGCCGGACUCAAGAUGUACAUGUCCACCGACGGCUAUCCCAUCGCCAAUCCUUGGCCCGUGGUCUUGGAGUCGAUCAAGUAUCUGACCAACCUUCGGCGUCUCGUACUACGCCCCGUCUUCAGCUCCCGCUGGCGCUUCUUCGAAGUCUCGAUCAACAACCGAAUUGUCACGGUCACUCGUACUGCUCUGGAGAACAUCGGAAAGAUUCGCUUCCGCGUCAUUCGCCCAAUUGAUGAGGCUAGCUGCUUAACAGAUCAGAUCAAAGGUUCCAUUCGUCGCGGUCUUCGCGGUUCGGUCGGGGUUCGGGUUUUGAUGACUGAGUUGUGGGAACAUUAUGGUGCAGAGGUGGUCAUCGGACGAAAAGGCGAGAAGGAGGGGGAUUGGGAAGUGCAGGGCACAGGACGAUGCAAGCCGCAUGAGCGUACCUUCAGGUACUGCAACGGCAUCAGGGAUUGA